CGUUCGCCUAGCGGAGCGCGCCACUAGCUCGCGCGGAGAGGGAGGAGAGAGCAGCAAGUUCCGGAGCCUUCCCAAAUCCGGCCCAAUCUUUGCUUCAGUGAUCAUGGCUGCCGAGGAUGUGGUGGCGACGGGCGCCGACCCAAGCGAGUUGGAGGGCGGGCUACUGAACGAGAUUUUCACGUCGCCGCUCAACCUGCUGCUUCUUGGCCUCUGCAUCUUCCUGCUCUACAAGAUCGUGCGCGGAGAUCAGCCAGCGGCCAGCAGCGACAGCGACGACGAUGAGCCGCCCCCACUGCCCCGCCUUAAGCGGCGCGACUUCACCCCUGCUGAGCUGCGGCGCUUCGACGGCAUCCAGGACCCGCGCAUACUCAUGGCCAUCAACGGCAAGGUGUUCGACGUGACCAAAGGCCGCAAGUUCUACGGGCCCGAGGGGCCAUAUGGGGUCUUUGCCGGAAGAGAUGCAUCCAGGGGCCUCGCCACAUUUUGCCUGGAUAAGGAAGCUCUGAAGGACGAGUAUGAUGACCUCUCUGACCUCACUCUUGCCCAGCAGGAGACCCUGAAUGACUGGGACUCUCAGUUCACUUUCAAGUAUCAUCAUGUGGGCAAACUGCUAAAGGAGGGGGAGGAGCCUACUGUGUACUCCGAUGACGAAGAACCAAAAGAUGAGAAUACUCGGAAAAAUGAUUAAAGCAUUCAGUGGAAGCAUAUCUAUUUUUGUAUUUUGCAGAACCAUUUGUAACAUUCCAGUCUGUCUUAAAAUGUGGUGAUUUCAAUAUUUAGAAAAGUUUUGAACUUGCUGUAAAUUUUUUUUAAUUAACAUCACUAGUACACUGAUAAAAUUAACUUAGACUGCAUGAUAAUUGUGUGUCAUAAAUCCAGAAAGUGAGCUACAGUGCUGUAAUACAAACGUGAGUACUGUUUUCCUUCUCUAUGUAGUUACAGGCUGAAUUUAAAUUUGUUUUUCCUUAAAGACAGGUUAAGACUUGGGUACUUGUCCCAAACAGGUAGAAAUGUAAAAUUUGCAAAGUCCUGCAAGCACCAAGAACAAAGGAUCAACUUUUAGUCAUGGUUAUUCUUAAUUGAAUUAAAGCAAAUCUGCUGUGUCCCAGAGGCUUUGAUGUUCAUUAAAUAGAGCUGUCCAGGAAGAAAAUGGAAAUCUCAAAUCUCGGUUUAGUUGUUUCUAGAUGGCAUUGUUCUUCUUCAGACACUUGGACACCCUCACUAACAGUUCUUUACAGUGAGGAUUAGGACACGAUUUGAACAUUCAAAAGAAGCUUUGGGAAAAAUCAGCUGGCCUGCCUAAAAACCCAAGUACAUGAAGACCAUAGGACUAUCUUCCCAAAAUCCAUGUUCAUGCUGGGGCAAUGGUUAGUUUAUGGGAUUUGACAUGAGGGGCAUAUAGAACAGGUGUUUGCUCCCCUAAGAGCCUGUACCCACUCCUGAAUAAUGAGGAAACAAUACACAUCACUAGCCAAGUGGUUUUUGAAGUAAAGUAUAUUCAUAAGGUAACAGUUAACUCGUGUUGCAAAACUAGAGCCACUGCAAGAGUAGUAGUCAAGUGUCUAGGUCCUUGAUACUGGUCUUAUUAACAAUAAACUUAGCUUAAGUAGACUGUAAAGUUGUAUGAAUUUGUAAGUGUUGUGUGAACAACUAGUGAGGUUUCAAACUUGUUAAAUAGUCUUUUCCUUGUAUUUUCUUGUGAACCAUGUUUAAUGGUUUUACCUCAAAUCAAAACAAAAUGAAGUGCUUUGGUCAGUUAAUAAAAUGGUUUUACCCAA